AUGAGUGGCCUCUUCCAUCGUGCGAGUGAAUUCGAUCAGCCGCUUGCAAAGUGGAACGUCUCUGCGGUGAGGGAUUGUAUCGGAAUGUUUUUCGCUGCAGAUAGUUUUCAGCAGCCGAUUUAUGAUUGGCAGAUUUCCGAGCAAUGCCUGUUGGGUGCGAUGUUUACAGAAGCGACAGCCUUCCAUGCGACUUACCGUACUGACGAGGCUCUUGCUACCGAGGGAGUGCGAUCGUACGCCAUUUACCGAGACGUUGACGCAAAAACUUUCCGUGCAUAUUGUACGCCAAAAAACCUCGACGUACUAUAG